AUGACGACACAAUCAGAAAAUCAAAGUUCAAUGAUAUCAACAGCAACAGGCACUAUUCCACGAAAAACUAGAAAGCUGUCAAUACCAACAAAGCCUACUGCUCCCACCAAAACAGCUGCUGCUACAGUUAUGGAGUAUAUUGUUAACCGAAAUAAAAGUAUUAACUGCCCACCACCAACGCAGCACCUUGUUGAAGCUUUCUUAGCAGGGAUAGCUCCAGCUUUAAAAAAAUUAUCCGCACAAGAGUGGCAUUUCGCCAAAACUGAAAUAUUUGCUACUGUCCAAAAAUUCGAAUUUAAUAUGUUGAACAGACAACAACAAUUUCCUUGCACAGCUCCUAAUUAA